AUGUUAUGUCGGGGCGUGACUCCUCUAUUUUGGUGUCUGCAAAAUCAAGUUUGUUGCAGGCGGAGGGAGCGAAAAAAACACACUACAGGACGUGCGUCGGACCGGAAAACCGUCUGCACACGAGGAGAACCGAGAGCCAAGCCCCAACCCAGUGGGAGCAAAAGGCGCGGCACCAGCGCUUUAAGUUCGAGGGAUGAACUGCUUCGGGCAUUCCGCCUUCUCCACCAAGCCCCAACUCUUCUAGGGGUCAUGGAGAUCGAGAACAUCGUCGCCAACACCGUCUACAUCAAGGCGAGAGAAAGUAUGAUUUUCAAGGGUUUUUUGGGUUUUAAGCUUGAUUUUUUGAAAAAUUUUUUUAUUUUAAAAAUGAUUUUUUUGUGAAUUUUUGGCUAGGCUAGAGCUAAAUUAGGACUAGGCGGGAGUAGGACUCGGCUUGGAUAGACCCAAAGGUAGGUUAGGCUUGGGUAAGGCUUGUGUAGGACUAAACUUAAGUAGGGCUAGUGUAAUGCGAGUUAGAGUUAAGACAAGAGAAGGUUGUGCUAGGGUAGGGUCAGGACAAAGGUACCGUUGAACUAUUAGGUUGACUCAAAAGUAGUAGCACACUAAAAUAGGGCUGCAGAAGGGUUUAGAGCUUGUCUAGGACUAGUGUAAUUUUUAAUUAAGGCUAGAUUAGGCUUAGAAAAUCGAUUUUUAGUAACAAUUUUUGUAUUAAGACUAAGUUAGAGCUAGAUUAAAAGUAGAGUAGGGCUACCUUGGGGUGCAUUGUGCAACAGGACAAAAAAAAAUUGACAUUUUAGUAUUUUAAAUGUUUUUAAAGCUAUUUUUAAAUCAUAAAAGUCAAGUUUUAAAAAAUUUUUAUUAAUUUUUACUUCAGGCGGAGGUCAGAAGAAAGGAAAAAGCAAAAAAUGGAAGACCUACCUUCAGUUCCCUCAUUACAGUCAGUGCUUGUUUAUGAAACAGGAGAUCGAAACCAGGUAUUAUAUUAUAAUUUUGACUUUUUUACUUUUAAAAUGUAUUUUUAUCAUUUUAAAAAAAAAUUUCAAAAUUUUUUUUAAUUUGUGGCACAAAAUUUCCGGUUUUUUUUCAAAAAUUUCAUUUUGAAAAAUUAAAAAAAAAUUUUUUGAUAUUACUCAUAGGACCAUGAGAUCAAUUACCGAUUAAAGCUAAUAGUAUUUGUCAUCAUGAAAAAAAUCUUAUCACUACUUUUCAUAAUGAAAAUAGUUGUAAAAUGUAGGCGAAUAACUAGCAGGAACAUCCAAAAAAGAUAAAAAUCAAAAGAAUGCGCCGCACCUCACUAAUUAUAACAAAUAUUUGUAGGCAACAUACUAUGAAAAUUGAAAUUUUUUGUCUUGUAAACAAAGUUUUUGUCAUUUUUUGUUUUGUAAAGAAAGUUCUUGCCAAUUUAUACUUUGUAAGGAAAGUUCUUGCCAUUUUUUGCUUUGUAAAGUAAGUUCUCGCCAUUUUUCAGUUUGUAAAAAAAGUUUUUGCCGUUUUGAAUUGUAAAAAACUUCAUAGUUAUAUUUUUAUGAAAAACAACACUAACUGCACUGUGCAACUUUCUUUAACACAGCACGGUGCAAAAAUAAAAAAAGCUGCACGGUGCAAUUAUCUUUUUACUUUGCACAGUGCAAAAAACAAAAAUUAAUAAUAAAAUUUAAAAGCAGUAUAAAAACAUCAUUGCAAGCUCAUAAAACGUGACUUCCUGGUGCAGAUAAACCCUUAUUUACUGUACUUUACUCUCCUCUUUUUAAUUUUGAUUGUAAUUGUUUACUGAUACAAUUCUCGAAGGAAUCGCAGUUAUUUUUAAUUUCUUGCUUGGCCAAUAAUACAAAACGACAAGUUAUAAUACUCGUAAAUCAUAUUAGCCAUUACAUUAGAGUUAUUACAUUAGUUUUCGCGCGGUAAACAAGGUUUUGUUUUUUGGUAUAAAACCGGCACCUUUAUAUAAGUAUUAAUGAACAAGGGCUUGCUGCAGAAUGCCAAUUUGCAAUAACUUUUUUGACAAUAUAAAAAAUGGCAAGAACUUCCUAUACAAAACGUAAAAUGGCAAGAACUUUCUUUAUAAAGAUCUAUUUAACCCAAAUUUAUGCAAAUUUUACAAUUUUUCAAAAACUAAUCUCAAUUUACCUUUCAGCUACUCAUUCGUAAUAGAAAAACAACCGAUUGGCCGACUACUUUUCCAACAAUUCUGCGAAGAAAACGACCAGUUCAAUCGUUGUUGCAACUUUCUGCAACGGGUCGAAGAAUACGAGACCAGCGACGACGAUGGACAAAGUCGACGGGUAUUGGCCAAUUCGAUUGCGGCUUUGUUCGCGCCCGACCCUCAAUCGGAGACCGAAAAUCAGCCUUCGGUAAGAAGUUUGCAUACUAUACCUUACUCUACUCCACUCUAGCCUAGAGCUUUUGCCCAGAGUCCUAGUUUAGAGACCUAACCCAGAGCCCUAGCCUAGAGCUCUAGCCUUGGUUUAGCUCUGACUUGGCCCUGGUUUGUAAAUAACUUGGCUCUGGUACGGUCCUGAUUUGGCUUUGGCUUGGUUCUGGCUUGGGCUUAGCUUGCCCCUGGCUUGGCCCUUGGACGACACUGGCUUGGCCCUGUCUUGGCUCUGGCGUGGCCUUAGUGUGACUCUGGCUUUGCUUUAGCUUUGCCCUGGCUUUACCCUGGCUUGUUCUUGGCUCAGCUCUGGCUUGGCCUUGGUUUGGCUCUGGUUUGGCCUAGCUUUGCGUUAACUUGGUCUUAGCCCCAGCCAGGGCCGGGCGCGAGGGGGGGGGGACGGGGGGGGGGUACCCCCCCGUCCAGAAAAAAAUUUUUUGAAAAAAAAUUGAACGUGGUCCCCCCUGUGGAUAUUUUGGACCCCGCCCCCAGACCAAAAGUCCCCGCCCGGCCCUGGCCCCAGCUUUAACUUAGAGUCCUAGUUUCGAUGUUUUUUCUUACUAGCCUAAAUUUAGCUUUGCCACACUUUUAUGACACUUUUCAUUGCCAUAAUUGACUGUUUUUCAGACAUCGCAAUCCGAUGAAAAUUGGUGCUCUUUUCUGAAUGAGGAAGUCAUAAACAAAGCCAUACAGAAUGCAAAUGACGCUACCCAUGACCAAGAGCCUUCAUCUGACAUAUUUGCUGAAGCCUACAAGUAAGAAAAUUUAAAAAAUUUAACAAAAUGUAAAAUACGACAAAAACAAUUACAUACUGAAAACAAUAUUUUUGCCAUUUUAUGUUUUGUAAAAUAAGUUCUUGCCAUUUUUGACAUUAUAAAGAAAAUUUUUGCUAUUUCUAUUCUGUAAAGAAAGUUCUUGCAAAAAAAAAUCCACUCUACUUUCAGGCAAGUCCGCUCCUUCCUCUCCGCCGAUCCUUUCGAUACUUUUGUCGCAUCCAUGUAUUUCCAUCGUUAUCUUCAAUGGAAAUGGCUGGAAAAACGACCGGUCGAUAAACACACCUUCCGUCUCUACCGUGUUCUAGGCAAAGGUGGCUUCGGCGAGGUUUGUGCUUGUCAAGUACGAGCCUCAGGCAAGAUGUACGCGCUGAAGAAAUUGGAGAAGAAGCGAGUCAAGAAGCGGCACGCUGAGACCUUAUCACUGAACGAGAAGCAGAUCCUUCAACGUAUCAACUCACCAUUCGUUGUAUCUUUGGCUUAUGCAUACGAGACCAAGGACGCGCUAUGUUUGGUGCUGACACUGAUGAAUGGUGGUGACUUAAAGUUUCAUCUGUACACUUUGUCUCCAGGCGGAUUCGACGAAAAGCGAGUCCAGUUUUACGCGGCUGAGAUCACCUUAGGUCUACAACAUUUGCACAGAGAGAGGAUAUUGUAUAGGGAUCUGAAGCCAGAGAAUAUCCUACUGGACGACUAUGGCCAUGUCAGAAUAUCAGACCUCGGACUGGCGGUGGAGCUGAAGGAAAAUGAACCGAUUAAAGGGAGGGUUGGCACUGUUGGGUAUAUGGGUAUGUUUUGAUUGUUUUUGGGUAUUAGAAUUGAGCUGUAAAAAAAGUUUUUGCCAUUGUUGGUUGUAUAGAAAGUAUUUGUCUUUUUUGUUGCCAAUAGAGUUUCGUCUGCACAAUGCAACAUUCUUUAUUCUUUUGCACUGUGCAAAAUUAAAAAAAUUUUUUAUAAACAAUAUUUUUGGUUUUUGCACGGUGCAGUUUUCUAAAUUUUUUAUUUAAAAUAUAAAUUAAAAGUUAUAAAAUAAAAUAUAUAUAGAAAAUAAUAGAAAUGGUCUAUAAUUUAUUAUUUUUAUUGGUUUUUGCUUUAAUUUUGUUUUUUAAAUUUAUACCACGAACUUUUAAAUUUUUUUUGCAGUCCUUUUACUAUUGUUUGCACGGUGCUGCGACCUUUUUCUUCCAUCUUUUUUUAUACUUUAUGACAUUGUUUCAUGUUUACUAGACUAGAAAAAUCACUGUUAGUAGUACGUGCAUAAUAAAUUUUAAAAAUUUUUUAAAACAUUAGUUUUUUAAAUUUUAAAAGUUUCAAAAUUUUAAAAAAGCUUGUCAUAUCAAGACCAAAUGACAUCGUACUCUGUUUCAGAAUUUUAAAAGUUGUUUGUCCUCCAAACUGUCACUAAUUUUAACUAUUUCAGCGCCGGAGAUUGUGAAGAACGAGCGAUAUUCGUAUGGCGUGGACUGGUGGGGUUUGGGCUGCCUGAUCUUCGAAAUGAUUGAAGGCAAGGUGAGUGGGGACAAAUGCUUGUUUUUCAGUUAUUUUGAGAUUGAUUGACAUGUAUAAAAAAUAAUUUGUCAUUUUGGACAACAUUUUUUUGAAAAAAAAAUUGUUUUGAAAAUUAAAAAAAUUUUUAAAAAAUCAAAAAAUUUUUUAAAUUAAUAAAAUUUAAGAAAAUAUUUUACAAUCAUGGUUUGUAUAGCGUAUCUUACUUUUAAAAAAAGCUUUUUUUAUUAUUUAAAUUUAAGGUUUUUCAAAAAUUUUAUUUAUAGAAGAAAAUUUCAAUGCAGUAUGUUACAGUAAUCCAACUAAAAAUUUAGAUUUACAAAAAUGUUUUUCUUGUAUUGAAACGUCAUAUAACAAAUUUUUUUGACAUUACCACUUUUCGAAUUUUUUAUAAUUCAAAUUUUAGUUUUUGCACCGUGCAGGAUUUUAAAAAAUAACCCUUUUCAUAUUCUUAAUAGGGGUUUUAACUGCCAUUUUAUAACUAAGGAGGCUAAAAAUAGUUUUUUUUUGUGACUUUUCAAACUUCAAAAAAAAUCAUUUUCAAAAAAAAAUUAAAACUAUUAUUUUCUUCCAUUUUCUGACUUCAGGCGCCAUUCCGUCAACGAAAAGAGAAGGUGAAGCGAGAAGAAGUUGAGCGUCGAGUACGAGAAGACCAAGAAAAGUACACGGACAAGUUCAGUGAUGCGGCCAGGACGUUGUGUCGCGGACUGUUGCACAAAGAGCCCGGCUUUCGGCUAGGUUGCCGGAGGGUGCAUAAGUUAGAGGAGGGGGCGGAUGAAUUGAAAGCUCAUCCCUUUUUCAUGACCGGCGAUACGAAUACGGGCAGAGAGCCGGUACCUUGGAAGAAAAUGGAAGCUGGACGGGUAGGUUUUUCUUAUUUUUUAUUUUAUUUUAGGGUAGGGUGAAGUAGGGUAGAUCACAGCAGGGUAGAUUAGAGUCGGGUCAAGUAUGUUAGGGUAAGGUCGUAUAGUACACGGCAUGGUAGGAUGGUCUAAGGUUACAGUAGGUUAUUGGACGGUGAGUGAGGUACUUUAGAUCAGGUUAGGGACUGUAGUUAAUGGAAAAGGUACAGUACGGCAGUAGAGAUCAAAGUAUGGUACUCUAGGCAAAGAUACGGUAUGUGUACUGCGUAGCUAAGAUUAGUCUAGCCUAGGUUACUGUAAAAUUAGGUAUUGCGCUGUACGGUCAGGCAUUGCAGUUUAAGGUGGUUUAGGUAGGACUACAGUAGGACGGAUUAUGGGCGGUAUGUUGGGAUACUGUAGGAUAGUAUAAGACCCUGUAGAGUAGCGUCGGUUAAGAUUAUGAUAGGGUCUGAGGAGAGCUUACUUUAGCUAGGAUGGCACUGCUAUAUCAAUACCCUACCAUACUUUAUCUUACCUUACCCUACCUUGUCUUACUCUAUCAUACCAUACUUUACCGUGGUCUACUAUUCUCUAAUUUACCUUACCAUGUUUUAGUAAUUGUAUAAUGGAUUUUGCUUUUUCUACUCGUACUACAAUAUAAAUCUUUCAGUUAACCCCACCUUUCUGCCCCGAUCCUCACUCGGUUUAUGCCAAAGACGUGCUGGAUAUUGAACAGUUCAGUACAGUGAAAGGAGUACGACUUGACUCGACUGACAACACCUUUUACGACAAAUUCAACACCGGAUCAGUGUCGAUUCCAUGGCAAAACGAAAUGAUUGAAACUGAAUGCUUUAACGAAUUGAAUGUAUUUUACAAGGACAACCAACUAAUGGCAGACCUGAGGCCAGAGAAUUCAAUCGAGAAUUUGAAUAAUUUAAAUGGAAAACCUGGGUUCUUUUCUCGAUUGUUCAAACGAAAAGUAAGCUUACUUUGCCUGUAAUAUUUAUUUUCAGUUAGAAAUUAAAAGACUCAUAUGAUAUUAAUGAUAAAAUAGCAUUGACCAUAAGAAGAGAUGCGUCAGAUGAGAAAAAAAUAAGUGUAUGCUAGUAUAAUAUAGAGCGUGACUAGAGUGGUAAAAAGCGAACGGUAAGACUUGGACAGGGAUAAAGAAAGAGGUAGUAGGCUUGGGGCAACUAAAAGGGCAUAGUUAAAGAAAAGGAGGCUAAGGUGGGGUAGGCAUACGUGUGUAUAUUGUAUGGUAGGUUAAAAAAGACAGGUUAGGGUAAGAUAGAGUAAAUUAAGGUAAGAUACAGUAGCAUAAGUCAGGGUAGGUCUAGAAAUAAGUUAGGGUAGGAUAGGGUAGGGUAGAGUUUUUAAAUUUUAAAAACAAGCUUUGUAACCUAAAAUAACAAGGUAUUUUAUGUUUAAAAUGAUCAUUUUGGUAUUGUAAUCAUUGGAAAUAACAAAUUUAAUCACUUUUUUUGUUUUUUUAAUUUGAUUGCAAAAAUAAAGGCAGUAAAUUAACAAAAACUUGUAAAUACAGUAUCUUACAAUAAUCGUGCCUCUAAUUUACCGUAAUAUAUACUCAUUUCUGUGUUCGUAUUCAUCGUAUAUUGAUUUUGUUUAUGUUUAGAAGCCGAAGAAGGUCUGA